UCUAACCCAUGCCUGGAUCACAUUGAAUGUUAAAUGUAAAAUGACUAAAGCUUUAUUGUCAGGCAAAGGGUCUGCAUGGCCAGUACUUCCAUGUUUAUAUAUAUAUCGACAUUUUAUCUUUCAAAUGCAUAAAAAGUUAUUCAAAAUAAUACCUUUUCCUGCGGCCAAAGUCACUUUAAACAUUUUUCACAUCUCACACUGAUAGAACCCCCACUGUGUUUGACUUUAUGUUGAAAUGGUUUGAGAUCAACACAAAAUCAAGUCACAUAAACCUCUUUAGUUACCUCUCUCCAACCUUUACUGCUUGAAUUCCCAGCUUGUGUUGAGUCAUCAAAGAUAUAUGAUUUAAGCAGAGGAACCAGUGCUGGCAGAGUCAGAGACACUCAGCACAGGAUGACCGCUGGCCCACCUACAACUCAGGAAUAAAUGUAAAAGAUGUUUCUGUAUUGUGACACUUUAUGAUUUACACAUACUGAGGUGAGAAACGUUGGAUAUAAAACUAGAUUUAAAUGAAAGAUAUUGUGACAACUGACAAAGUUUAAAGGAUAAUGUUUCUGCCUUAACUUUUUUUAUACUUUCAGGAUUAAAUUACACAGUGCAAUGACGAUGUAUUCACUUUGCUCUCAGUUUACUGUGUUACUUCCUGAAUUUGAUUUGUUCCCAUCUUAACCAUCUUAAUGGACCAGAAACGUCAUGAGCCUAUGUAUCUUCCUCUGUGAUCUGUGUAUUAAUGGAUUUUCAAGGAUGAAUAUUAUGUGUCCCUCUCAUGUGAGCUCUUUUACUGUUUUUAGGGAUCAAUAGACACAUAACUGGAUUUCUUCCUUCAGCAAAAAAGGGUAUGCAAAUGCAAUUUCCUCUCAGUAAAAUAUUAAAAUAGUUAUUUCAGAUUUAGAAUGAUAUACAAAGAUGUUUAAUUAUGAAUAUGAUUGAUAAUGAAACAGUAAUAACUAUGUUUACUCUGUCAGGGUUAAAUGGUACAGCAAACUACAGAGUUGCUCUCUUUGCUCUCACUUUAUUGUGUUACAGUGUGAUUUGGCUGUUAAAUUUGACCAUUAUUGUGACAGUCAUUGUGAACAAAAGUCUUCAUGAACCCAUGUACAUCUUCCUCUGUAAUCUGUGCAUCAAUGGACUUUAUGGGACAACAGGCUUUUACCCCAAAUUCCUCAAUGAUCUUCUAUCUACCACUCAUGUCAUCUCUUAUGCUGGAUGCCUUCUGCAGGGUUUUGUGCUGCACUCUUCAGUUUGUGCUGAUUUCUCUCUUCUAGCUCUAAUGGCCUAUGACAGAUAUGUGGCUAUAUGUCGACCUCUGGUUUACCACUCUAUGAUGUCUAAACAAAGAGUUUGUGUGUUUGUGUUUUUUGCUUGGUUUCUACCCCUUUACUUGAUGUUCAUGAGCACAGUAACAACAUCUACAUCAAGGUUAUGCGGCUCACACAUCCCGAAGAUCUACUGUGUUAAUUAUUUCAUUGGGAAACUAGCUUGUACUGUCUCCAUAACAAACAAUGUCAUUCCACCUUUUAAUUAUAUUUUUUAUUUUGGCCAUUUUAUUUUUAUUAUUUGGUCUUAUGUAUAUCUGAUCUCAACAUGCCUAACAUCCAAAGAGAACAGAACAAAGUUUAUGCAGACAUGUCUUCCACAUUUUUUCUGUUUAGUGACUUUAACUGUGUGUAUUCUUUUUGAUUUGUUGUACAUGCGGUUGGGCUCAGAAACAUUACCGCAAAGCGCCCAAAAUUUUAUGGCAAUAGAAUUUCUCUUUUUUCCUCCAAUCAUCAAUCCCCUCAUAUAUGGUUUCAAACUGACACAAAUAAGAAAUAGAAUUAUACAGUUUUUGUGUGGUAAACGUCUCUAG